GUAUUUAAAGAGGUUGGGUUGAGAGUUGGAUUUUGGACUUCUCCUCUCUCUCUCUCUCUCUCUCUCAAAGCACUUUCAAGAAGUUGUACAACUUCUCACCCACUAAAGCAGCUGUGAACCAUAACUUCUCCCCACCUCCCAUACUACUACUACUACUACUAUACUUCCCCUGGGACUGGAUUAAUUUCUUGUGUCCUCCCCCACCGCACUGUAGCAGCGUUCAGUACUAGCUUCCUGGCCUUAUGAAUCCACGUAUCGCAUGAGUGAGAACGUACGUACGCGCUCUCACACUCUCUCUCUCUCUCGAAAAUUAGUUUCACACUUUCUCUGUCUCUCUAAAACUCCGUCGAUUCAGCUGCUGCUACUACACGUGUAGAGAGGGAGAGAGAUAUUUCGAAUGUCUCGUGUUGUGGCGGAAAAUAUUUCUCCGGCGAGAGACUGCGCGCCGUUCUUCCACCGCCGGCAGGGGAUGGAACUCUCCGCCCCCGGCGCUGCGUGUGCGUCGCCGACGCUGGGCCAGCUCCUUAAGAAAGUCGGAGACGUACGGAAAGAAGUCACCGGCGACGAAACCCCGGUUCACCGAGUCCUCGAGAUGGGGAGCGAUGACGCCGGCGGAGAGCCCAGGUCUCUCCCGUUCGUUCUCUCCUUCACCAACCUCACUUACAGCGUCAAAGUAAGCCGCAAAAUGACGCUGAGCCGCCGCCACGCCGCCGUACCGGCUGCCGGAGAAAAUAUUUUCUCCAAGACGAAGGUGCUGUUGAAUGAAAUCUCGGGUGAGGCGCGUGACAGCGAGAUCCUCGCCGUUCUGGGCGCCAGUGGAUCGGGAAAAUCCACUUUGAUUGACGCCUUGGCUAACCGAAUCGCCAAGGGAAGCUUGAAAGGAAGGGUGACUCUCAACGGAGAAGCGUUGGAAUCUCGAUUAAUGAAGGUGAUAUCAGCGUACGUAAUGCAAGACGACUUGCUCUUCCCCAUGUUAACCGUGGAGGAGACGCUCAUGUUCGCCGCCGAGUUCCGUCUCCCUCGAACCCUAUCCAAAUCCAAGAAGAAGAUGCGAGUCCAAGCCCUAAUCGACCAACUCGGUCUCAGAAACGCCGCCAAAACCGUCAUCGGCGAUGAAGGCCACCGCGGCGUCUCCGGCGGCGAACGGCGGCGAGUUUCCAUCGGGAUCGACAUAAUCCACGACCCCAUCAUCCUCUUCCUCGACGAGCCGACGUCGGGUCUCGACUCAACCAGCGCUUACAUGGUGGUCAAGGUGCUACAGCGAAUCGCACACAGCGGUAGCAUCGUCAUCAUGUCCGUACACCAGCCCAGCUACAGAAUCCUCGGUUUGCUCGACCGAUUGCUCUUCUUAUCCCGUGGACAGACUGUUUACAGCGGUACUCCGUUGAGUCUCCCCAUGUUUUUCUCCGAUUUCGGCCAUCCCAUCCCGGAAAACGAGAAUAGGACCGAGUUCGCGCUGGAUCUAGUGCGCGAACUCGAAGGCUCUCCAGGAGGUACGAAAGCCUUAGUGGAAUUCAACAAGUCAUGGCAAAACAUGAAGCGAAGCACUCGAAAUGGUUUCAACGGGAGUGAAACACCAACUCAGGGUUUGUCGUUGAAAGAAGCGAUAAGCGCGAGUAUUUCGCGUGGAAAACUGGUCUCGGGUGCCACGACUGCUGGUUCCGACUCUUCCGCCACUUCAAUGGUCCCCACCUUCGCAAAUCCGUUUUGGAUAGAGAUCGCCGUGCUCUCCAACAGGGCCAUAACGAACUCCCGCCGCAUGCCGGAGCUCUUCGGGAUCCGCCUGGGCGCCGUCGUGGUGACAGGGUUCAUCCUCGCCACCAUGUUCUGGCACCUCGACAACUCUCCCAAAGGCGUCCAGGAACGCCUCGGGUUCUUCGCAUUCGCAAUGUCCACAACCUUCUACACCUGCGCGGACGCCCUCCCCGUCUUCCUCCAGGAACGCUACAUCUUCAUGCGAGAAACCGCACACAAUGCUUACCGCCGAUCCUCCUACGUCCUCUCCCACUCCCUCACCGCCUUACCCGCAUUAAUCUUCCUCUCCUUAGCGUUUGCUUCCAUCACGUUCUUUGCGGUGGGCCUGGACGGCGGCCUCUCGGGCUUCUUCUUCUACUUCCUCAUAAUCCUCGCCUCCUUCUGGGCCGGAAGCUCGUUCGUCACCUUCCUCUCCGGUGUAGUCCCCCAUGUCAUGCUCGGUUACACCAUCGUUGUCGCUAUCUUAGCCUAUUUCCUCCUAUUCAGUGGUUUUUUCAUCAACAGAAACCGAAUCCCCCCUUACUGGAUCUGGUUCCAUUACAUAUCGCUGGUUAAGUACCCUUACGAAGCAGUUUUGCAGAACGAAUUCAGUGACCCCAACAAAUGCUUUGUGAGAGGGGUUCAGAUCUUCGAUAACUCACCGCUCGGACUGGUCCCGGAGUCAAUGAAGUUGAAGCUGUUGAGUAGCAUGAGCAGUACCUUGGGUGUGAAUAUCUCGAGCUCGACGUGCGUGACCACAGGAGUGGAUAUUCUGCAGCAGCAGGGGAUUACGGACUUGAGUAAGUGGAGCUGCUUGUGGAUAACGGUGGCUUGGGGGUUCUUCUUUCGGAUCCUGUUUUACUUGUCUUUGCUGAUGGGAAGUAAAAACAAGAGGAGUUAAAAAAAAAAAAACUCCUUAUAUAUAUAUAUAUAUAUAUAUAUAUAUAUAUAUAUAUAUAUAUAUAUAUAUUCUUCAAAUACUCCAUCUAGUGCUAAAAUUGUGGUGCAUGGGUUACUCUCUGUUUCACUUUGGCGGGAAGAUUAUAUGUUUUUUUUUUUUUUUUUUUGUGGCGGGGGUAAUUUUAUAAGAAUGGCAUUUUAAUGUUGGUGAAUUUUUUAAGUUAUAAUAAUACUAUAUAUUUGGAGGCUUAAAA